UGUUCCUGUGUAUUGACGUGGCCUUUAGAAGGUGGCUUUUGUGUGCAGCCAAGAGACCUGGUUUCAAAUGCCAGCAGGAGCAUCUUCAGGCUCAUUAAUAAUGGAGGCGUCUGACAGGGGCAGCUUCGCUUGCUUUGUUUCCACCGCAGAUGAAAGGAGACAUGGAUCUCUCUGUUUUGCCCAAUAACAACCAUCCUGACAAAUUCCUGCAGCUUGACGUGAAGUCUUUAAUGAGGAACUCAACCCUUCUGCAGGCUAGCCUCGCGAGAUUUCCGGGUGGAAAUUUUCCUGCUACACAACACUGGCAAAACCUUGUCUACUCCCAGAACCCCGAGGCUUCUCAGAGGAAAUCUGUGAGCUGGAGUGAAAAGCCAGUGCAGGGAGAAAAGAGCAUCACUUCUCAUCGAGCUAAGGGAUUUGGUGGGGAGAGCCCAGCCCUUCCUGACAAUCCUCCACCAUCCAUGUCUUCAGUCAUGAAGAAUAACCCGUUAUAUGGUGACGUAAGCUUGGAAGAAGCUAUGGAAGAAAGAAAAAAGAACCCUUCCUGGACCAUUGAGGAAUAUGACAAGCAUUCUGCGCACACAAAUCUCUCUGGACAUCUGAAGGAAAACCCCAAUGACCUGCGCUUUUGGCUCGGGGAUACAUACACUCCAGGCUUUGACACUUUGUUGAAAAAAAAGAAGAAACGCAACAAGCGGUCAAAAUUAUGCCACAUGGGUCUGAUUUUACUCGUUGUGGCCUCCAUCUUGGUUACCAUAGUGACGCUCACCACUUUGUUUGCCUAAGGAUGCUGCAAAUCCUUCUUUCGAGCUCUAAAACGGCUUCUUACAGGAAAAUCUGUCUGUGCGUUGUGAAUGUAUGCGUCCGCGUCGCUAGCUGUGUGGCUGAACACCGUUGCCCUUUAGAAUGUGAGCAUUGCUUGUGGUAUGCUGGCCCCUCUGCUCUGUUCUGUGAAACCCGCGUGUGAUUCCCGGUCGGUCUGGGUUUUCUCCUUUGUGAAGCAGAUAUUCCCGGGGAUCACAAAAACAAAAGUCACUACAUGCAACCCCAACCAAGCCUAACGAUAGCGAGCCGAGCAUCAGGCACUGACAGCCACUUUCCUCAGUGCUCAUCUGGUUUCACCACACCACUCGCUCCUCCUCUGGGCACUGCGGAAGUUCCAGCCAUCCUGGCCAGCUGCGGGGGCCACCUGAAGACUUCUGCUGAGCCACCUGUCAAUUUAGGCCUGUUUUACCUUCCUUUAUCUCCAUUUAUGUUCGGGAAAAGGAAAAAAGUGGGAGGGAGAUGUUCUAUCCUGUUCUAAUUUCCCCAGUAAUCCUUUAUAAUGACCCACAUUUACGUUGCUGUUUCAGCAGAGAUAAACGUGGUCGGCCAUUGUGGUGUGUGUUUGUGGGUUGAUGGAAACCGGCAACUGUGACCUCUAGUGGCAGUGGGUACAUAUUCACCAGACACAGUGGGUGGGGCACUGGAGAGACCCCCAAGAAUGCUGCCACCCCUGAGUAGUCAACUGAAUGACAGUUAGACCUGAAGGAGAGAUUAUCAGAGGAGGGAGCUGAUUUAGUAAGAACUGGACUAGCCUUUCCCCCAGUGUCAUUUCCAGCUGAGUGCUGGGUGCAGAGACCUGGGAACCAGCGCACCCUCUCCCUGUCCCAAGACGUUCUUCCCUACGGCGCCCAGUGCCCCUCCCAACGCUAUUUAGUGUGUGCAACAAGGCUUUUCUUCUUCCCAAAGAGUGCCGUCUUCUCGUGACCUUAGAUAACGCCUUAUUAUUUCACUGUAUUGCUCAUAAAGAUACUUGAAGUAAAGUGUAUACAAAUGAAGGUUUACAGGACAAUAAAUUAUUGUGUACAAAGCAAA